GGGAUGGAGGAAGAGUACCGUGAGUGGACAUGAGGGGGCACGGCAGGGCACAGUCACAAUGGGUGGGAGCAUACGGACGUCCCACAGUUCGACUUCAAUUCCCAAGACCUCGGAAGCCGGCAGAUCCCGCCCCCAAGAUCCUGGCCUCCCUCCCUCCUUCCCUCCCUUUUCCUUCUCUUCCCUCCCUCUCUCCUAGCUCACUCCGCCUCCUGGUCCUCCUCCUUUAAGUUUCUCACUUUGGAAUCUGGGAGCCAGAGCCCCGGCCGGGCCGCGGACAGUCUCUGCCCCGGGCUAGUGGCUCGGGACCGGAUCCUGCCUGGGACUAUGCCGUGCUCCUUGUGGAAGAGAGGGAACUCCCGGGACCCGAAGACCUCGUUCCGGAUCGUGGUGUCGCAUGGCGGGAGCCCAGACGGGGCCGGGCUGCGAGCGCUCAAGAAGAUGGACCUGAACGAAGAUGAAGAUGUGCUGGCUAUGCUGAAGGGUUCACAGUUCUGCAAGAUCAGGUCGCUCAAGUGGCAAAAGAUCCGCUUCUAUCGGCUGCAGGAUGACUGUAUGACCGUGUGGUUCCAGCGGCGCUUCCGACGUCCUAAAUCUCAUCACGUCUUCUCCUUGCAGAACAUUGAGGCUGUCCGCCAGGGCCAUCAGUCCGAGGGGCUGCGACGCUAUGGGGGCGCCUUCCCCUCCGGCUGCUGCCUCACGAUCACCUUCAAGGGCCAGCGCAAGAAUCUGGACCUAGCGGCGCUCACCGAGGAGGAGGCGCAGCGCUGGGUGCGCGGCCUGGCCAAGCUCCGGGCGCGUCUGGACGCCAUGAACCAGAGAGAAAAGCUUGACCAUUGGAUCCAUGGCUACCUACACCAGGCAGAUUCAGACCAUGACAGCAAGAUGAGUUUUAAAGAAAUAAAAAACCUGCUCCAGAUGGUGAAUGUGACCAUGGAUGACAUGUACGCCCAACAACUAUUCAAGGAGUGUGACAGCUCUCGGAAUGCGCGGCUCGAGGGCGCAGAAAUCGAGGAGUUCCUCCGACGGCUAUUGAAACGGCCCGAGCUGGAGCAAAUCUUUUACCGCUAUUCUGGGGAAGACCUGGUCCUGAGCGCUGCUGAGCUUCUGGAGUUCCUCCGCGACCAAGGAGAGGAGGGAGCCACGAUAGCUAAUGCUCAGCACCUGAUCCAUACCUAUGAGCUUAAUGAGAAAGCUAAACAGCACGACCUUAUGAUGCUGGAUGGCUUCAUGAUGUACCUACUGUCACCGGAGGGCGCCGUCUUGGACCCCACCCACCAAGGCGUGUACCAGGACAUGAGCCAACCCCUCUCUCAUUACUUUAUCUCCUCCUCCCACAACACCUACCUGACCCAGUCCCAGAUCGGUGGCGCCAGCAGCACGGAGGCCUACAUCAGGGCGUUUGCUCAGGGCUGCAGGUGUGUGGAGCUGGACUGUUGGGAUGGGCCCGAUGGAGAACCCAUCAUUUAUCACGGGCACACGCUCACCUCCAAAAUCCUCUUUCGGGAUGUCAUCCACGUCGUGCGGGACCACGCCUUCUCGCAAUCUCCCUACCCUGUCAUCUUGUCCCUGGAAAAUCACUGUGGGAUGGAGCAGCAGUCCACUAUGGCCCACUACCUACGGACCAUCCUGGGGAACAUGCUGGUGACUGAAACUCUAGAUGGGAAAAUUCCCAAGGAACUGCCCUCUCCAGAGCAGCUGAAAGGCAAGAUUUUAGUGAAAGCCAAGAAACAAAAUGUUCAUCAGAAAAAAGAAGUUCAGUCUGAUCUGCCUGAUGAGGACAAAGAAAGUGAAUUUAAGUUGCUGAAAGUCAAAUCAUUCACAAAGAGAAGGAAAUCAUCCACUCCUAAGUUGGGAGAAUCUGGCCUGUCUUACAUAGAAGAAGAAGGACAGGAUGAACAAGAUGAGGAAUCUGAGGAGGAAGAGGAAGAGACAGAGACUGGAAAUCGAAAUAAAGAGAGCAAGAGAAGCUCCCAAAUUUCCUCUGAGCUCUCAGAUUUGGUUAUUUACUGCUGUGCCUUAAAAGUUGAGAAAGUGCCUAGAAUCCACUCUCAACCCUGCUGGGUUCCCUCUUUCACUGAGCUCAAAGCCAGGAAAUUCAUCAAAGAAGAUGGAAACAGCUUUGUUCGACAUAACACUUACCACCUAUGCAGAGUCUAUCCAUGGGGGUUCAAGAUGACUUCUGCCAAUUAUAACCCCCAGGAGAUGUGGAAUGGGGGCUGCCAGCUGGUGGCCUUGAACUUCCAGACUCCUGGAUAUGAGAUGGACCUGAAUAACGGUCGCUUCCUGGUGAAUGGAAAAUGUGGUUAUGUCCUGAAACCUGACUUUUUGCGGCAAAAAGACACAACCUUUGACCCCGAACACCCUGGGCCCCCCCAGACCACCCUUAUUAUCAAGGUGUUAACAGCUCAGCAAUUGCCCAAGUUGAACAAAGAGAAGCCAAAUUCUAUUGUGGACCCACUGGUUUGGGUGGAGAUCUAUGGGGUACCUAGGGACUGUGCCCGGAAAAACACUAACUAUGUACUCAACAAUGGAUUUAACCCUUACUGGGGUGAAACGCUCAAGUUCACCCUCCGGGCCCCAGAGCUGGCCUUGGUCCGAUUUGUAGUGAAAGAUUAUGAUGCCAUAUCCUCCGAUGAUUUCGUGGGCCAAUUCACCCUGCCCUUGUGCAGCCUAAAGCAAGGGUACCGACACAUUCACUUGUACUCUGAGGAUGGAGCUUCUCUGUCUCCAGCCACACUCUUUGUCCACAUUCAGAUCAAAAAUCAGUGAGAGGGACAGGUGACUACUUUCCCCCAUCACCAGCUAAAACCCAGAACCUGCCUUCAUACUUGGAACCAGAGGUGUGAUUUUGAGGAAGGGGAUGUUUUGGCCAUCCUUCUAAGCAAAGAGAGUCUGUGGAACUGUCCUUCUGGACCCCAGCUGGUUGGAACUUCCUCCUUUCUUUCAGGUCCCACUUGGGAGAUCUGGAUAUGAGGCUUGAGCCUGGCUGGAUGCUUAGAGUGCUUCUGUGUCCUUGGGAAUAAAUAGGUCUCCAAGGCCAUGAUCUUUUGACCUAGAGUGAAUUUGGGUCAUUUUGACUAUACUAAUCCUUACUGUCUUCGGGGCUAAAGCCCUUGUCUCUUCACUCCCACAGUUGCCCAAAGCAUCAAAACACUUUGAUCCCAGUCUCUCCUGCCCUUUCCCCUGCUUUAGAAUGGAUAUACUGUUCCACUCUCCCAGGGAAGUCAGGAGAUGGGGAGACCCUGAAGCAAUAUUUUGUUUUCCUGGGGGAUUCCUCAAGGGCAAGUGAUAUUACAGAACAAUGGUAUAAAGAAUAAAGAGUUUAACAUUUUUAUCUA